AAUACCUUCAAACUUUAUUACUCGAUAUUCUCUACACUCGAUCAGUUGAUUCACGAAAAAACACUGAAAAUGACGAUGAGCGAUCCUGCUGUAACACCACAACAAGAAGGACCAGCAGCUGAUCCAGCACUCUUGGCAAAUGCUGGAUGCGUUGCAUUAGCCACGGAAGCUGGUAUUGACAUUGCAAUUGCUACGAUGCAACAGUUUGGGCGUGAGUUGGAGCAGCUUCCUGAACGAGGACGUAGACUCGCGGAGCAGGCAAUGAGCUCAAUCUCUACUGUUAAUCAUAGAUCAAAAAGAUCAUCUGUUUCACAAAGAUCUUCUAAAUCUAACAGUGGAGUUGAAGAGGAUUCAUUUGUUCGUAUUGUCAACACUUUGGUUGACUUGUCACCAAGACAAAUUUCUUCCAAGCCAAUUAUUGAAACAUUUGUUCUCUCUUCCGUAAUCUUGACUGUCUUCUCGUUGUCCUCAUUGCUCGGUGGAUACAUUCUUGCUCCAUUCAUCUCCUUUCUCAUUCCUCCUGUUGGAGCUGCUAUUUUCAGUGGACUUGUUGCACCAUUGGCUAUCUACUAUCAGCUGAGCACGGGUUACGGCCCUCUAAAUGGAUUCCGGCUUUUGGUUAUUGCAACAACUGUACAGGGAGUUCUCACUGGAUCCGCAUUGUCACACGUCUUGAUUUCGGCUGAACCAUUCGUUGCCCUUUCUACUAUUGCAUCCUCGUUCAUUAUUGCAGUGAUGAACCCGACUUCUCGGGCAUCUUCACUCUCAACCACUGUGGCCACCUCAAUUCUGAUUCACUCCACACUUGGAGCUGUUGAAGGAGCAUUGACACCUGUUUAUUUUGUACUGACUGGAUUCUACACUCUUGCCGCUUUGAUUCCCAUUCAAUUGGCUAGUCGUGAUCAGAGCCGUGCAAAUGUGAACUUGUAUUCUGCCAUUCUCGUUGGUCUCACCAUCUCUGCAAAGUGCUUGGUUUACGGUGUUCUUGGAGCAUAUGACGUGCCAAUCUCUGCUUCCGAAGAGCAAUUUGGAUUGGAAGGAAAUGCUGAGAUUAAUGUGAACGCAUAAGAAAAAUGAAUGAAAUUUGAUAAAUAUGUACAGUGU